GCAUCUCGCGCACGCACGUUUUGCGCACUAGGACGCUGAAAUAGCAGUUUUUUAUCGUAUUUGCUCCGGAGAUAUGGCUCCCCGCACAUGCUUAUAAGUCCUAGAAAACCCAAGAAGUGAGUAACGAGUUCUCGACGAUCCAUUGAACAGUAAUGUAAAAUUCAAGACAGUGGUUGUGACAAGUGUUAGCCGAGGAAAAACAUAGUAGCCAAAAGCGCAAUGUGCGGCAACUGGUGGCUAGCUGUGUUGGGGGGCCUGUGUCUGGUGGCGAGCGCCGAGGCGCGGCGGAAGGCCAAGCGGGAAGAUUUCGAGAGCGCUAAGUCCCUCGAGGAUGUCGACUAUAAUGACGACGCUGAUGGGGUAGAGCCAUGUCAAUGCGGCGUGUUCAUGUCCCAGCAAGUGGGCAUCAAGGAGGGGCGGCGGAGCAGGCCGCGUGGACCUCCGCAGGGCGAGCCCGUCGUCACCUACGACACCGACGCGCCCAGCCUGCCUUGCGGCUCCGCGGGCUUCAAGCAUUGCAUCAGCAAGUGCCUGGACGUGAUUCUCAAGUACCUCCCUCGAGCGGGCCCCGUUAUCUGCGGCGCGGUGGAGCGCGACGUGCACCGUGAGAAAGCGUUUCUUUUCAUCAAGAACUGCGGCGGUGACUGGACUCCCACCAACUUCUCAGCCGGCAAGGAGUUCUGUUGCACGGACGGCCAGCACCACAAGUGCUGACCUAUACUAGUUAACUGCGCACUUCGGAACAUCAAGCUUUGUCUAUCUCUUUCAUUAGAGUUACGGAGAUAGAAGUAGAGGAUUUUAGAAAAUCAUGGUUCGCGGUAGACUCCAUACAGCGGCGCAUUGCAACAUCGUUCGAUCCUUUUAUAAUACUAUCGGCUUAUAAUUAGGUUCUCACUAUUUAUACGAUGUUGAACUCUAUUGCUGAAAGAUAAGUUUCAUUGGUAAAAUUGGGUAGUACCAAUAUACAUUAUGAACUCUUUACACGGCGCACAGGCUACCCUAGAUUCAUCUAGCAGCAUUUGUGAGCACGGAGAGAGAUCCCGGAAAAAAUAGUCAUACAUUAAUUUAUUACAAUAUUUUAGUUGUAUAAGUGUACCUAGUGUAUACAUUGCAUGAUUGCAAUUACUUUUGUACUUUACUAAGCUGUAAAAUUUUGCAUUUAUAAUAAUAAUAAAACAAAACGUACCGUAUGAUAUUUCAGUCAUGUAUUCAUUUAGUGCAUAAUCUACUAAAUGCGGUCCUUCCCGUUCCCGGACUUCGUGGUACAAUGACUUAAAACCUUAUUACAAUUAGUUUAAGUACUUAUCUUUAAUCUGCGAUAUCAUACAUUUCAUUAUUUUUUUUAUACAUUUCAAUUGUUACCGUUAAACUGCUUGCCCGCUUUAAAAAAAUACUCAAAAAAAAGCUAUUCAAAUCUGUCAUUUAAUUAUUGCCUACUCAGAAAUAAAUAUAUGUUUAUAUCAUUCAACUAACUGUUUUGGCAAUUUUGAUGGUUGGUAAAGUUAUCUCAGAACCUCUAGUGUAAAUUUAUUCGAUAGCGAGACGUCACGUACGCGUUUGCGUUAAGUCUAAUUUUGUAUGGGAUUUAGAAACAGCGCGCCAUGCGGCACGUUUUGGAAACUCAAAAUCCCUUACAAAAUGAGACUUAACGCUAACGCGUACGUCACGUUUCGCUAUCGAAUAAAUUUACACUAGGGGUACAGGUUUUUGCCAACAUUGCCCACGUCGAUUUAUGAAAAUUUUAUUUUAUUUAUAUAUUCCUUAAAUUCACUCAUCCAAUUGUUAUUUAAUUAAAUUCUCUAAAACAGGA